AUGAAGGAGUUCAAAAUCUACCGUUGGGAUCCCGACACACCCGCCCAAAAGCCCACUCUGCAGUCCUACACGAUCGACCUCUCUCAAUCCGGACCUAUGAUCCUCGACGCCCUGAUCAAGAUCAAGAACGAGAUGGAUCCUACCCUAACUUUCCGUCGAAGCUGUCGUGAAGGCAUCUGCGGGAGCUGCGCGAUGAACAUUGACGGUGUGAAUACGCUUGCUUGUUUGUGCAGGAUCGAUAGGGACCAGAGCAAGACUACCAAGAUCUACCCCCUGCCACAUCUGUACAUCGUCAAAGAUCUCGUACCCGACCUGACCCAGUUCUACCAGCAGUACAAGUCCGUCGAGCCCUGGUUGAAGAACGACAACCCCCCUGACGGGACAGAGCAUCUCCAAUCGAUAGAGGACAGGCGCAAGCUCGACGGGUUGUACGAGUGUAUCCUUUGUGCAUGCUGCUCGACCAGUUGCCCGAGCUACUGGUGGAACCAGGAUGAGUACUUGGGCCCUGCUGCGCUUCUCGCGACCUACAGGUGGCUGGUAGAUUCUCGUGACACGGCCAAGGCAGAGCGGAAGGAGAAAUUGCAGAACGAGAUGUCCCUCUAUCGCUGCCAUACGAUCUUCAACUGCUCGCGCACCUGCCCUAAGGGACUCAACCCAGCCGACGCCAUCGCCCGCAUCAAGCUCCAGCUCGCGGCUGACUGA